AUGACAAAAAGCAAAGAGGAAAAUCGGAAGGACGAGAAUGCAGUGCAUAGAUGUGCAGAAGGGAAAGAAUUAGCAUUUGGAAGUUGUGCUGGAGGAAGUGAAAAGGUAGUAGAAAUUUCAGGAGAACAGGAAUCGAAGCCUGUGGUGUCAAAGUCCAGUUCAGAUAAGUCAUUAGUUAAAGCGGAAUCAUUGCCAGCAAAUAUUUCUUUAGGAGAAGACAUUGCCAAAAAGUUAAUUGAAAUCGAGAAAAAGGAUCAGUUAUUCGCAGAACAAGAUCAUAUCAAAGAAGAAAAAAAGGUUGUAGUAUCCGAGAUUGCAAAAAGAAUAGUAGAAGCACUAACGUCUAAUCAAGUCCUCGGCAAAGUACUCAUGCCGGAAGAAGCUACCAUUUUACGAGAUUAUUUCAGUCGGAAAAUACCAUUAAGCGAAAAGGUCCUUGCAACGUUGGAUACAGCACUUGACAAAAUUUUGCGCCGCGCACAUGAAUUUUAUGAUGACAAAAGGGAAUUGUAUGUAUUCUUAAAAGAUCGAGAUUCUGCAAAAACAAAACUUCUUGAUGCACUUAUCGCCAAAAAGUCAAAUUAUCUGGUUGAUUUAAUGACCGAUGCCAGUUUCUACGCUGAUCGAAUAAGCAAAGGAUUAAUUGAUGCUUAUAAGUUGGCCACCGAAGGAAUUCUAGUUGCUCGUGAUAACUUGCACUAUAUGCAAGCUGCUGUCGGCCACACCUAUCGUUAUUCCAAAGAAAUGGCAUACCGUGGCGCUGCAUUGACUUACGAGACAGCCACACGCGGCAAAGAAUUGGCCGAAAUUGGUGCUUCCAUUAGUGCACAAAUGACAUCUGAUGCGGCAAAAAUGACAAUAAACGCUGCAGUCCGUGGAAAAGAGCUUGCGGAACGAGGUGCGGCUAUCGGCACAAAAAUGACAUCUGAUGCGGCAAAAAUAACAUUGGAUGCUGCAGUCCAGCUUGCGGAACGGGGUGCGGCUAUCGGGACUAAAAUGACAUCUGAUGCGGCAAAAAUAACAUUAGAUGCUGCAGUCCGUGGGAAAGAGCUUGCGGAACGAGGUGCGGCUAUCGGCACAAAAAUGACAUAUGAUGUCACUAACCGUGGUAAGGAAAUUGCGGAACUUGGUGUAGAGAUCGGUGCAAAAGUGACGCAAGAUGCUGCCUUCAAAGGAUUACAAAUUGCAGAAGGAACUAUUCAAGCCGCUUCUAAAGGUAUCGUACUACAUUUCUUCACAUCCAAAAUACAAACUUCAAUUACUGUAUCCUUCAAGAACUUCUGGACAUGUAAAUAUAUUAACAAGGCUCGCACAGAUGUGAAAUUAAGGAACGGAAAUGGUGAAAGACAGUUUGACAGCAGCGAGCACUGCUACUCUCGACCUCUCGGAAGCCGCUCUUGA